GUCAAGGGAAUGCACUCAUCCUCAUGGCGUGGCUUACAGUAAUAGCAGUAGUAUAACUUUACUGAUGGAAGAUCUUCCUUACCUGUCAGACAAAUGGUUGAAGCAUAUGGACCGUAAUUCCUCGCAAGUCAUACUGGAACACUAAAAUUAAUUGUCUUCAUGAUGAAUAUCAGAAAACUGGGAAUAUUAAAUGUCGGAAAAAGUUUUUUUUGUGGAAAUGGGUUCAGCAGAAACGGAGAAUUCGGCCAAGCGAAAAAAGAGGAUCAGCUGGAAAUAGAAAAAGCCAUUUUAAAUAACACGGAAAUCUCCCAGGACCAUUUGACACCUGAAUUAAAACUGCACCUGUUGACACCGAAUUGUCCACUCUACCAUGCUGCUGAAACGAGUCAAUCAACGAAUGCAAAUCAAGCCAGAGAGAAAAAAUACUUUCAAGAUCCAUUUUGGUCCAUAUACUGGCCUGGAGGACAAGUUUUAACGAGAUUCGUUUUAGACAUGGGAAUAAAACUUUUGUCUGACAAAUCCGGCGAGAACUCGAGCGUUUUAGAUCUUGGUAGUGGAUGUGGGGCUUCCGCUAUUGCCGCGAAACUUUCUGGAGCUCGACAAGUUCUUGCAAACGACAUCGACGAAGUUGCCUGUGUAGCGAUACUCAUGAAUGCCAAAUUGAACAACGUGGAUCUAAAAGUUUCCAAGGAAAACCUAAUUGAGGAGACACUAAACGAGCUCUUCAAUGUAAUUCUGAUAGGAGACUUGUUGUAUGAUGAGGAAAUUGCUGAGAAGCUCAUUCCCUGGCUCGAAAGGUCAUCGAGGACUGGAUCCAGAAUUUAUUUGGGAGAUCCUGGCAGACACGGAUUGACAGAAGAUUUAAAGAAGAGAAUGACCCCUAUUUGUAGGUACGAUCUGCCAGAAAAUGUCAAAAAGGAAAAUCAUGGAUUCGACUCAGCAGUCGUUUGGCGCUUCGUUCCCAGUUGAUAAAAAAGCUCGCGUCAAAUUCAUGACGACCUAUUCAUACCAAAUCCUACUCGGUCAAUGCUAUCCUGACAUAGGUACACGGGACGCUUAAGUUAUUGACUUAUUCUCGCCUGACUUUAUCGACAGUCAGUGAUUGACAAUCGAAUUCACUGCUACGUAUUUGUAUUUGAAUGUGAAUGAAAUAUCUGUCUCCGCUCUUCUUCAUUUUAGGAUUGAGUUCUUUACUUUAAUAUUAAGCAAUAUUGUUUCAGAAUAUGUAUUUCUAAUAAUAUUCUGCAAUUAUGCAUGUAUUGAUAAUAAUUUUAUUAACAACAAUAUAAUUAAAAUUUAAAAUCAAAAUAAAUGUCCAACAAAAGAUAUUUUGCACCGAAAAACCCUAGGGUUUCAAUUAUAUUUCGGCUCAUUUUCUUUUAAACUCAUUUUGAACUUCAGCGAUGUUCGCUGUAUUGAUCAAUGCCAAAUUAAAACAUUUGAG